AUGAAUACAGAAAAUAGCUUGAACAGCAAAUUUGUGACCGAGGGUUCGUGGAGAGCUGAUUUAUUUAAGGGUAAAGUGGCAUUUGUCACUGGUGGUGCUGGAACUAUAUGCCGUGUGCAAACGGAAGCACUGGUCCUUCUUGGUUGUAAAGCAGCUAUUGUGGGGAGAAAUCAGGAAAGGACAGAAAGAGCCGCAAAAGAAAUUUCAGGGUUAGUAAAAGACGAAGAUGCGGUUUUGGCCAUUGCAAAUGUUGACGUUCGCAGCUUCAAACAAAUGGAAGAUGCGGUUAGGAUUACGGUGCAGAAAUUCGGUAGAAUCGACUUUGUUAUUGCUGGCGCUGCUGGGAAUUUCAUUUGUGAUUUCGCCAAUCUCUCUCCUAAUGCCUUCAAAUCUGUUAUUGAUAUAGAUCUAUUGGGGAGUUUCAACACUGCAAAGGCAUGCCUAAAGGAACUGGAAAAGUCAAAAGGUUCUAUACUUUUCGUCUCCGCUACAUUCCAUUACUAUGGCGUACCCUUUCAAGGCCACGUUGGCGCCGCUAAAGCUGGCAUUGACGCCUUGGCGAAGAAUCUAGCGGUCGAAUUGGGCCCUCUGGGUAUACGUUCAAAUUGCAUUGCUCCAGGCGCUAUUGAUAAUACAGAAGGUCUGAAAAGAUUAGCUGGGGAGAAGUAUAGAGAAAAGGCCCUGGCAAAGAUACCCUUGCAAAGGCUAGGAUCAACAAGAGAUAUAGCCGAAUCUACAGUAUUUAUUUUUUCGCCAGCGGCAUCAUAUAUCACUGGUACCGUUUUGGUCGUGGAUGGUGGUAUGUGGCAUUUAGGAACUUAUUUUGGACAUGAGUUAUACCCAGAAACGCUAGUCAAGAGCAUGAUGUCUAAACUGUAA